UGUCAUCGCGCUGCAUGUAGGGUUGACGGCGGACCGCCUCCUGUUUGGGCAGGAGGACCGACGUCAGUGUUUGUGCCAUUCUGUGGAAGAUGGCGGAGGCUGCGGCGGUUCCACAGCAUCGGUUCUUCUGUCACUGUUGUAAAGGUGAAGUCAACCCCAAACUCCCGGAGUAUAUUUGUCCCAGAUGUGACUCAGGAUUCAUAGAAGAAGUGACGGAAGACUCCAGCCUGUUGGAGGGUGGUGCUAAUGGGAUCAGUGAUGACACGGCUACACAGUUUGCAGAGCUCUGGCACCUGUUGUUUGUGGAGCGGCCGUUCACAGUAGACUCUGACAUCCCGGGCUUGGAGGCGCGUGGUCCAGGCGGUGUCGGAGGCGGCUCCAUGGGCGGUUUGGGGGGCCCUCUGGGGAUGUCGCUGGGGGGCAGCGAGCACUGGGGGCCCGGCCGCCCCCCUCGCCUGCACAGUCAGAGGAGGUACCGGUCCCGGGGCAGCAGCCGGCCAGACCGCUCCCCGGCCGUGGAAGGGAUAGUACAGCAGUUUUUGGCCGGUUUGUUUGCCAACUCAGGCGUUCCUGGCUCUCCUCAGCUAUCAUGGACGGGCAUGCUGCACUCAAACCCCGGAGACUACGCCUGGGGUCAGGGGGGGCUAGACGCUGUCAUCACACAGUUGCUGGGUCAGUUUGAGAACACGGGUCCCCCUCCAGCAGAGAGAGAGAAAAUCUCCUCCCUCCCCACAGUCAUCGUCUCUCAGGAACAAGCUGACUCGUGUUUGGAGUGCCCGGUGUGCAAAGACGACUACUCAGUGGGCGAACCCGUCAGACAGCUGCCCUGCAACCAUUUCUUCCACAGCGACUGCAUAGUGCCCUGGCUGGAGCUGCACGACACGUGUCCGGUGUGCCGGAAGAGUCUGAACGGGGAAGACAGCACCACCCAUCAGUCCCCAGAGCCCCCCUCCCUCAACACGGACCCCCGCACACAGGAGAGAUGGUCCUUCUGAGUCACGCUGUCGCCCAAUCUUUCUCCCCAACCCACACGUGCAGGAGGGACGGUCGUCUCCGCUCUCUCUCAUCCACUCACUCGUUCUUAUGAAGAUGAGCUCUCUGGGAGGUUUAUCUCACCCCUCAUGCCUCCAUCUUUCUCUCUCCUUCUCCCCCUACAUGCAGAGAUUGGCCUUUUGAGAGAUCCAGCUCUUACCUCAGUCUUACUCCUCUUCUGUUUGUCUGACAGUAGCUACACAAGAAAGAUAUACGUCCUUCCCUUUAAUUCUGUAUUGUUGAUUUCUGGUCUUCUCUUUCUGGUCAUGUCCAUAUUGCAGUGAGGUCAAUGCCCAUCUCUGUCCGCCCCGUCUCUUCUCCACACAUCUGUUGUGGUUUCUUCAUGUUCUCAGUCUGCAGAGGAGUAACGGAGGAGGCCAGUGCAUUGAUAGGACUGACUCCGUCCACUCCUGUAGGACAUCCAUGAAUCCACACCCACAUUCAGUUACUGAGGCCGUCCCAUGUCCUCCCAGAACCCAGCAGUAUGCUCCAGUGCAGGGGUGCCUGAUCUCACCCACGGGCUGCUGUGGGUGCAGGGCUUGUGCUGUGGCCCAACAUUCAGCCAAUGAAGCGGUUGCGCUCUUCGGCUGAAUCGGACGCCAAACGGGAACCUGCACCCUCACCGGCCCUUUUUGGGUGGGACUGGGUCCCUCGCUCUAAUACAGUAUAUACUCAGUGCAGCACCCUGGCAAUAACUCCCACUAACCUCACCUGUCCUCAGAACCGCGUGUGGCUUCUCGACGCGUCCCUCACCUGUCCUCAGAACCGUGUGUGGCUUCUCGACGUGUCCCUCACCUGCGUCCAAUCUGAGCAGUAUCUACCUGCCUGAGGUCCAUUGCACUGCAGUCCCACAAUGCCACAGUGGUCUCCAUCCUGUCAGCCACCCUCUCGCUGGUGUAUAUAUUACAGCGCAUCUUCAGCCUUUCACUUCUUCAAUUGACAGAUUUUUUUUUUUUUCUCAUUUCUAUCGCUCUAUUUUUUUAAUGUAAAUAAUUUUAGUCCAACAAACUUCUGGUUUAAAAAAAGAUGAACUAAGCGAGCAAGUGUACUGAUGAUAAAUGGUGGAGCCCUAAAUAUUACAAAAGUAUAUAUUAUAUAUAUGAUAAAAUGUGUAUGACAAUGUAUUAAUAAAAAAAUAAUAAAAACCCGUAACUCAUUGA